AAAGUUACUGAGAAUUGUAGGAGUUGACUUCCCUUUGAGAGGCGAUUGGACAACAUUUGAGUUUUACCUGAUAUAAAUAGAUGAGUGAAGGACUUAACAAACGCUGAAAGGCAAAUUCUUCUACUCAAACAGCAAACCCACCCAAGAGUUAAGAAUCAUGAGGUACGAUGUAUUAUUUCAUUUGCUGAUCCUCUUGCCGGUGUGCUCAUCUUACACUUACCAAAAUGUAGCUUUACGCGGCAAAGCUACACAGUCUUCUCAGUACAAAGGGGAUUCGUGGAAAGCAUUUGUAAGUGCCUCCAAUGCUAUUGAUGGAAACCUAAAUGCUGACCUUACAAAGGGAUCUUGCACCCACACCGAUACUGAAAACAACCCCUGGUGGAGAGUGGACCUGCUGGACUCAUAUAUAGUCACCAAGGUCGUCAUCACCAACAGAGGAGACUGCUGUGCGGAGAACCUCAAUGGUGUGGAGGUUCGCAUCGGAAACUCUUUACGACAAGAUGGCACUGCAAACCCACUGGUUGCUACCGUUUCUACUGCUGCAUCUGGAAGCUCUUAUGCAAUGAAUUUUACUGAGCGUGUGGAAGGACGUUAUGUGACCAUUAUAGCACCUGGUGCGAACAGGGUUCUACAUGUCUGUGAAGUGGAGGUCUAUGGAUACCGCGCCCCGACUGAAGAAAAUGUGGCAGUUUAUGGAAAAGCUUCACAGUCAACAGUUUAUCCUGGAGCCAUUGCCUACAACGCUAUUGAUGGGUAUCGUGAAGGCCUCUUUAGCCAGGGUUCCUGCAGUGCCACAAAUAAUGACUUCAACCCCUGGUGGAGACUGGACCUGGGAAGAACCUAUAAAGUGUUCAAUAUUAACAUAACCAAUCGGGUAGAAGUUCCUACUCGAAUUAACGGAGCUGAAAUUCGUAUUGGAAAUUCACUUGACAACAAUGGAAAUAACAAUCCCAGGUGUGCUGUGAUCUCAACCAUCGCUGCAGGUUUUACUGAAACCUUUCAGUGCAACGGCAUGGAUGGUCGAUACAUCAACGUUGUCAUACCUGGAAGAAAUGAGUAUCUCACUCUGUGUGAGGUGGAGGUGUACGCAUCGAGACUGGAUUAUCUGUCCGUGGAAAUGAAGCAGGAGUACCAGGACCUCAUCCUGCACCUUGAGGGCUGUGGCCGGUCCUCUGUGGUGGCAGAGGCAGAGCACCCGGGCGGCUGGAACACGGAUCGCUCCCACGCCCGUAAAGUCAAGUCCUACCAGGUGGAGAACCACUGGUACCAGAACUACUCCACCAAUCAGAGCUGCCGCAUCCCCGUCUGCCUUGCCGCCCGUUCCUAUGGCGACGAGUUGCUGAUAGUUCUGGAAGAUCUGGAUGUGGAGGAAACACUCAAAGGCAAAUCUCUCUCCUCAAACAGAAAACCUACCAAAGAAUCAAGAAUCAUGAGGUACGGUGUUCUGUUUCAUUUGCUGCUCCUCCUGCCAGUGUGCUCAGCUUACACUUACCAAAAUGUGGCUUUACGCGGCAAAGCUACACAGUCUUCUCAGUUCAAAGGGGAUCCGUGGAAUGCAUUUGUAAGUGCCUCCAAUGCUAUUGAUGGAAACCUAAAUUCUGACCUUACAAAGGGAUCUUGCACCCACACUGAUGGUGAAAACAACCCCUGGUGGAGAGUGGACCUGCUGGACUCAUAUAUAGUCACCAAGGUCGUCAUCACCAACAGAGGAGACUGCUGUGGAGAGCGACUCAAUGGUGUGGAAGUUCGCAUCGGAAACUCUUUGCAAAAAGAUGGCACUGCAAACCGACUGGUUGCUACCAUUUCUACUGCUGCAGCUGGAAGCUCUCAUUCAAUAAAACUUUCUAAGCGUGUGGAAGGACGUUAUGUGACCAUUAUAGCACCUGGUGUGAACAGGGUUAUAAAUAUCUGUGAAGUGGAGGUCUAUGGAUACCGCGCCCCGACUGAAGAAAAUGUGGCAGUUUAUGGAAAAGCUUCACAGUCAACAGUUUAUCCUGGAGCCAUUGCCUACUACGCUAUUGAUGGGAACCGUGCAGCACUGUGGAGCCAGAGUUCCUGCAGCUCCACAAAUAAUGACUUUAGCCCCUGGUGGAGACUGGACCUGGGAAGAACCUAUAAAGUGUUCAAAAUUCACAUAACAAAUCGGGUAGAAGUUCAUACUCGAAUUAACGGAGCUGAAAUUCGUAUUGGAAAUUCACUUGACAACAACGGAAAUAACAAUCCCAGGUGUGCUGUGAUCUCAACCAUCGCUCCAGGUGUUACUGAAACCUUUCAGUGCAACGGCAUGGAUGGUCGAUACAUCAACGUUGUAAUACCUGGAAGAAAUGAGUAUCUCACUCUGUGUGAGGUGGAGGUGUACGCAUCGAGACUGAAUCGCCGGCAGGCCCAGCCUGUGGCGAGCCGUAGGGAAUCCACGGGGAGGGACCAGGGAGCCCUCCCAGUCAACGAGGUACUGGUGACCCCGACCGCGCCGACGGGAAGCCACAAUCCUGCGGACAGAGAAUGCAGGAUGACCGUCAAUAAGACGGGAAGCGGGAUCGAGCGGAGGCAGGGACGUACGUCCUCCCCUGUGGACAUGACGCAGGGACAGGCUCGGUCUUACCUGCCCGCUCUCAAGGACGUAGCCCAGGAAGCCGGAUCUUCGAAAACGUGGGACGGAUUGGUGGGUCUGGGACUGCAGGUAGAUUAUGCGGUCAGCUGUCCCAUUGCUCAUCGGAGCUCCACUCGUACUCGGGCCAGCUUGUGCAUCAUCCCUCUCCUGCUGCAGACGGCUCCUUUCGGCCUCCAACUGCUGGACUCGGGCACGGAGUUCUUGAAGUUCCUCAGCCAUCGCACCGGGAACGUUGAUCUUUGUUCACAGCUGGAAAUCUCCAGCCAGGUCCCACGAUAUCUGUCCGUGGAAAUGAAGCAGGAGUACCAGGACCUCAUCCUGCACCUUGAGGGCUGUGGCCGGUCCUCUGUGGUGGUCAAACACAUCAAGUUUCCGGAAGAGGCAGAGCACCCGGGCGGCUGGAACACGGAUCGCUCCCACGCCCGUAAAGUCAGGUCCUACCAGGUGGAGACCCACUGGUACCAGAACUACUCCACCAAUCAGAGCUGCCGCAUCCCCGUCUGCCUUGCCGCCCGUUCCUAUGGCGACGAGUUGCUGAUAGUUCUGGAAGAUCUGGAUGUGGAGGAAACACUCAAAGGCAAAUCUCUCUCCUCAAACAGAAAACCUACCAAAGAAUCAAGAAUCAUGAGGUACGGUGUUCUGUUUCAUUUGCUGCUCCUCCUGCCAGUGUGCUCAGCUUACACUUACCAAAAUGUGGCUUUACGCGGCAAAGCUACACAGUCUUCUCAGUUCAAAGGGGAGCCGUGGAAUGCAUUUGUAAGUGCCUCCAAUGCUAUUGAUGGAAACCUAAAUGCUGACCUUACAAAGGGAUCUUGCACCCACACUGAUGCUGAAAACAGCCCCUGGUGGAGAGUGGACCUGCUGGACUCAUAUAUAGUCACCAAGGUCGUCAUCACCAACAGAGGAGACUGCUGUGGAGAGCGACUCAAUGGUGUGGAAGUUCGCAUCGGAAACUCUUUGCAAAAAGAUGGCACUGCAAACCGACUGGUUGCUACCAUUUCUACAGCUGCAUCUGGAAGCUCUUAUUCAAUAAAAUUUUCUAAGCAUGUGGAAGGACGUUAUGUGACCAUUAUAGCACCUGGUGCGAACAGGGUUCUACAUAUCUGUGAAGUGGAGGUCUAUGGAUACCGCGCCCCGACUGAAGAAAAUGUGGCAGUUUAUGGAAAAGCUUCACAGUCAACAGUUUAUCCUGGAGCCCUUGCCUACUACGCUAUUGAUGGGAACCGUGCAGCACUGUGGAGCCAGAGUUCCUGCAGUUCCACAAAUAAUGACUUUAGCCCCUGGUGGAGACUGGACCUGGGAAGAACCUAUAAAGUGUUCAAAAUUCACAUAACCAAUCGGGUAGAAGUUCAUACUCGAAUUAACGGAGCUGAAAUUCGUAUUGGAAAUUCACUUGACAACAACGGAAAUAACAAUCCCAGGUGUGCUGUGAUCUCAACCAUCGCUGCAGGUGUUACUGAAACCUUUCAGUGCAACGGCAUGGAUGGUCGAUACAUCAAUGUUGUCAUACAUGGAAGAAAAGAGUAUCUCACUCUGUGUGAGGUGGAGGUGUACGCAUCGAGACUGGAUUAAAGUUUUCAUGACAACACUGUGGUUUAAAGUUAAAGCUUAAAGUUAAAGCUGAAUGAUUCAUUUUGAUCACUAGAGGGGGUAAAAAGUCUUAUGAAUAUCUGAUUGUAUUCUGAUUGUAUUGAAAACCAAAAUUAAACUCUAUGGGGAAAGCAGUUCUGAGCUGGUGUAGGCUUCUGAUGAACCAAUCAUGUACUUUUGGGACACUGUGGGAUGCUUGCUGGGUCUGAUUUUGAAACAUAAGCAACAAUUUGAGACUACAGGUUGAAAAACAAAUAUAAAAGAAAAAGCAACAAAUUUAUCAGUUAAUGUAAAACUAAGAGUUAUAAUGUGUAACUUUUCCAAAUCUUGUCUUUUGAUAUAAUCUAUCAGACAAUCAAACUAUCUUAUGAUCUGUCUCAUAGGUCUCUUUCAUUCUGUGGUUUAUUCAACUGGUCUGAAAUCUGGUGUAUAUUUCUUUAUUAAAUCGCUAUAAUAAGUCUG